ACGAAGUUGUCUGUAAUACCGGUUUUUCAUUAGGUGCAAUUUUGAUACUGUGUUUACUUUUAUUAAAGAUUUAACUCGAAUGUGGCAUAAUUUGAGUGUUUUUUUCUUAUUAAACACAUUCAUAAGCAUAAAAUCUUAUUCGACAACUUGAGAAAUACUUGAAAGGUUCAACAAUGAGUUCAGGCAGCACUUGUUAUAAAUGUAAUCAACCCGGUCAUUUUGCUAGGGAAUGCUCUCUCCCUGGUGGCGGUAGAGAUUCCGGAAGAAGUUCUUUCAGCAGAAAUCGCGACAAGUGUCACAAAUGCAAUAAAAUGGGUCAUUAUGCCCGUGACUGUAAGGAAGAAUCAGCAAGGUGUUACCGUUGUUAUGGAGAAGGUCACUUUGCCAAAGAUUGUGUGCAAAGUCCUGACAUGCCGUCCUGCUACAACUGUAGGAAGCCAGGUCACAUUGCCCGCAGUUGCCCUGAUGCAAGUGGUGACAGAUCAUCUAAUGAUACCUGUCACAAUUGUCAGCGACCGGGUCACAUUUCUAGGAAUUGCCCCGACAACACAAAAGCCUGCUAUCUGUGUCACAAACCUGGGCAUCUGAAAAGAGAUUGCCGAGAAAAUGACUACAGAAAGUAGUGCCACAUGUUGAUUGUAUUGUUGUAUGCAGUUUAUAUAUAUAUUUAAACAUGAAAA